AUGUUAUAUUAUACAUUUUUAUGGUUGAUUCUUAUUUCAAAUAUUCCAUAUAUAUUAUCCCAACCAACAGCAACUACUUUAUCUUCUUCAAAAUUAUUAAAUAAGAAGCCGUCGAUUACACAAUUUCUUGUUUUUUCAACAAGUUCAGAAACAAUUAUACCAUUUGAACCAAAAAAUGGUUGGAUACUUAAUGAAGAAAAAAAACUUCGUCUGUAUAUAAGUGGUACUAAUCUUCAGAAUAGUUCAAUUGUAUUUUCUGAAACAUUAAAUGAAUGUUCACCAAGUGAUUUUGUUUCACCUGUAUAUCCAUUAUCAUCAGCAUCAAUUAUUGAACUUAAUGUUAAUCUUAAAAGUGUAUUAAAUGCACAUUCAUCAAUAUUUCCUUGUCUAUUAUCAUCACCAUUAUCAGUUAAAUCUAAAUCAAAUAAGACUCAAAUAGACAAUAGUAUACAAUUAGAAGGACCAUAUUUUACACUUUUACGUGAAAAAAGUAGAUUACCAUUUGCAGCAAAAAUAUGUUUAAUUCUAAUGUUAUUUUUAGUCUCGGGUUUUUUCAGUGGUUUAAAUUUAGGUUUAAUGUCAUUAAGUGUCAAUGAUUUACGUUUAAUUGCUGAAUCAGAAGAUUCUUCAAUGCGUCAUUAUGCUAAACGUGUUUUACCAUUACGAAGACGUGGCAAUUAUCUCCUAUGUUCAAUUGUCAUUGCUAAUGUUUUAGUUAAUUCAUUAGGUACAGUUUUACUUGAUUCACUUGUACAUGGUAUAUUUGCUGUUAUUGGUUCAACAGUAAUGAUUGUACUUAUGGGUGAAAUUAUACCACAAGCUAUUUGUUCUCGUUAUGGAUUAGUUAUUGGUUCACAUACCCAUGUCAUAACAUGGAUGUGUAUGUUUAUAACUGGAAUUAUUUCAUAUCCAUUAGGUUUUAUUCUUGAUAAAAUCCUGGGUCAAGAAGUAACUUCGUCUUAUACACGUGAUCAAAUAGCUGGAAUGCUUACACGUAUUAGUGCAGAUAUUGAAAAACCUGAACUUGAUGUUAUUACAGGUGUACUUUCGUUACGAAAGAAAACUGUAAAAGAAGCAAUGACUUGGCUUCCUGAUGUUUAUAUGCUUGAUAGCGAUCGUAAAACAGAUGCUGAAUUAUUACUUGAUGUACAUAAACAUGGCUUUUCACGUAUUCCUGUUUAUUCAAAUGAAAAACCAAAUAUAAUUGGUAUUGUUAAAUUACGUGAUUUUGCUUUAAUUACACCAGAACAAUAUCAUCUAACAGUAAAAAAUCUUCUAGAAUUUCAUACUCAUUCAUAUGGUUAUGCAAAAAUAACUGAUUCUUUAUAUGGUUUAAUGCAAGAAUUCUUAAAAUCUCGUUGGCAUAUGGCACUUGUACAAGAAUUACAAACUGAUGAAGAUAAUAUUGAUCCAGUCUAUGCAACAGCUGGUAUAAUUACACUUGAAGAUGUUAUUGAAGAAAUGUUACAAAGAGAAAUUAUAGAAGAAACAGAUUUCUUCACUGAUAAUCGUCGUAAAAUUCAACGUAAACAAGCUAAAACAAUGGAUUAUACAGCAUUAGUUAAACGACCUGUUAAAGGUCCUUCAAUAAGUCCACAAUUAAAAGUAGCUGUAUUUCAAUUUUUAAAUACAAAUAUUCAUCAAUUUACAUCUGGUUUUAUUUCACAAGAAAUCUUACAAAUUCUUCUUAAUUAUAAUGUAUAUGCAACAAUUAAACGACAAGCAAAUCAAUCGACAAAUUCAAUUUAUCUAUAUAAAAAAGGCUUUCGUUAUGAAUUAUUUACGUUAAUCAUACAAGGAAAUGCGACAUUAGAAUCUGGUGCUGAACGUAUUAUGUCAACUGUUGGUCCAUUUAGUUAUUUUGCAACAUCAUCAUUACUUGCGGAACAUAAAAGUGUAAAAGAUAUUCAUGAUUAUCUUGAUCGUCUUUGUGUAAUGAAUUCUAGAACAAAUAAUAUAACAGAUUUACUUGAUGAAAUUUCUUCAAUAUUUAUUCCGGAUUAUAAUUUAAUUAUAAAUAGUGAAUUACAAAUAUUACAAAUACAUCGUCUUGUUUGGUUAGCAGCUGUUCGAGCAACACAACGACAACGCGCCCAUAAUUCAAAUCAAAAACGUUUACAACCAGAACAAUUAUUAUCAAAUGCCCUUGAUGAAAUUUCAUCAGUAACAAAUAUUCCAAUUGAUAAAAAUAAUUUAACUAAUUUUCAACGUGUAUUUCGAAAUAUUAAAGACAUUCCACGUCAUCCAACACAAAUAACAAAUGGAAAUCCAGAUGCAAAUGGUGAACCAUCAUCACCAUCUGUUUUUAAUGCUAUUAAUUCAUUAAAUAUAGAUGAAAAAACGAAUGUAAAUGAACAACAAGAAUUUACAAAUACUGAUAAAAAUUCAUUAGAAAAACAUGUUCAAUUGGUAACAGCUAUGAUGUGCAAUCCACUUUUAUUAAGUCAACCUAGUGAUGAUCAACCCAAUGGAAAUGCUUUAAAUAAUGGAAAUUGUAAUACUUCAAGUACUUCAAAUAGUUUGAAUGAAGGAGUUUUUAAUUCUAAUAUGCAUAUUAAUCGAAUGUUUGAUGAUGCACAUGAACAUACGUUCGAUGAUGAUCAUGGCCAAGAAAAAGAGUAUUUAAUUGGUCAAGGUCAUUAUAAAAAUCAUGCACAACAACAACAACAACAAACAAUAUUACCAUCAAAUUUAUUUCAUGCUCGUUCGGACACAGAUAUUUUAAUGACUCAUCUAUCACCAAAUGGAAAUGAAAUAAUAAAUAAUAAUAAUAAUAAUGAAUCUAUUGAUCAACCUAGACGUGCACGUUCAAUGCUUAGUACAACCAAAUGUGUACCAUCAUAG